UCCGUGCGACGGGUUUGAGAAGACGAGUCAUUUGGGAGGUCUGUCCCAGUCUCAGGACCUCCUUACCCAUGGAAAACUUCGAGUCCGGCUCUGGCUCGUCCAUCUCUACAGACAUGGGAAACCUUAUGUUCGUAAAUUGAUAAUGUGUGUGGCAAGGAGACUUUAAUUUGUUGUGUUAUACGUGCCGUUUUUUGCGAAGGUGGACGUGGUGGACAAGCGCACAAUGUUGGUGUGUUUGUGGGACUGGAUUUUAAGUUUCGAAAAGAAACGCAAUGGUUCAGCUUGGGAUGGAAAGUUGCCCCAAGAAGCAAGUUGUCUUUUGUACCAGUACGCACUUCAGACAGGAAUUAGUGAGGAGACGCAUGUAAGCACAAUAACAACUUUUUUAAUUUAUAAGAUUCAACAAUUCUCACCUCGCCUCGUCAUAUUAUUUUACCUUGGCCCAAUCUCACCUCACCCCGAAAUAUAACAACACAUUAACGGACUGACUUGUAUAAAGUGAUCCUACAACACGAUUUAACGACACAAUGAAGAAAUUGCUCUUAUUGCAGUCGAAUGACAAAAAUUUGACCAAUUUCUUUCAAAGAUAGCCACUACGAAGUAAUUUCAUCAUGAGCAUCAUGUACAUUUCCACACUUGCAAUUGCAUCUUUGCGUAUUUUCAAUGUAAAAUUGUACCCAAAUUGGAAAGUUGUGCCCGUAUUCGUAACACUUUAUGUGUUGUUUGCGAUUGCUACUUAGGGCCCUUAACAAGGCCCGACGCUCUUUUAAUUUUUCUUGCAAGGGAGGUCGUACGGACCUCCCACUUUUUGAAAUCUAAAAAUACACUUAAUCUGCAUUGCUUGUAGUCUUACAUCCGUUGGGAGGCCUACUCCAAGCACAAGUUGGACAUUGACGGUCUCGACGCCCCCUUGAAAGACUUGGGUGGGGUUUUGCAAAAGAGAAAAUCCUCCGACGACAAACUUGGGAUUGACGACUCGCAACUUUCAGUUGAAAAUUCCAUUCUAAUUUUGAUGGACGAAAGUAUCUUCCCCAUAAUAAGGAACCACUUGAAGGAGACGGAAGGACAAGUGAGCAAGGCGCUCAAGGCGUACAAAAAUUGUGAAGACGUUCUGUCCAAAUAUGAACCAAGUUUUGCUCUUCCCGUAAUUCGAGGCCUGUUGGAAAAAGCGCUUCGUCUCUGCUUCCUCGAGUGGUAUCAAGCAACGUACGCCUUAAGAGUGCAGAGCGUACGAAGUGUCGAUGAAUGUCAACGAGUAAAGUUGUACGUUGAUGUAAUCACAGACGUGAACAAGUUGCUGACAAUUGGUAUGAAGAGGUGGCAUCCCGAAUUUUGGAUGUUGGCACAGUACGAGUCCUACACGCCCAUUAUGUACGAUGAACUCCAGAAAAUGGUGAACCAUGACAUUGAAAUGAUUUGCUGGUCACUGCUCCGACAUUACAAUGACAACAAGCGACUCCGGAAAAUGCUCACUGAUCGAAACAGGAAAGAGAACGAAUGCACAAUUUCCGCUCUCUUCAGCCUGUACGCAGGGACGCAAACAUUUGUCGAGGCACAACACCAAAUCUUUACAGAAAGUCCGCAGUACGACAAUUUAGCCAACUAUCAUAAAUGGUUUCGACCCAUCCUCGUCUUAUGGCUGGGAUUCGCAGUGAUUCGAGGUUCAGAAAUAAUCACGCGAUGUGUCAACAUUGACACGGUGUCGAUGGACAAUAUUCACGCCCAGACCAGCACAUCCGCCCUGGACACGGCUGCCGUCAUCCACCAACUCGUCCAGUUCUGGGAGAGGCUGAUGUGGCCAGACGUCUGUGAAAAUUAUGUCAUAAUUCACUUUCUCAUCGAGGUCAUGUGCUACUUCACUGUCCUCUAUGCGGAGAGGAAGCUGGAGAAGUUGGAGUUGGAAGGCUACUUUGAUACCAUCGACCAAUUUGACAUUUCCGAACGACUUUGCAUAGCGCUGAACAAUAUUGAGUACGUGAAGGAGGCGUUGGAAGGGAUACCCGAAGAAAUCAAGUACGAUGCUCUGAUUCGCGAGUUGGAGGACAAAUGUGGAAUAACAAGAGAGACUUACAACUAUCGCAUACGACUUAAACAAGUCUUCACUUUCACUUAUGUCAAUGUAGAUCUCAUUUUUAACAGUAUAUUGGAAGGAGUUGGAAAACGGGUGCGACCGGAAAUCAAGCGUUGCGUCAGAGAUUGUCUCGAAAUUGUCCAGGCCAAUUUGUCACGGUCAGGAAGAGAAAGUUCGAGAGACGCCCUAGACCCAAUUUUUAACUAUAUUGACAGCAACAUUAUAACGCUGGCCAAAUCCCUGCUGACGUUAAACUUUGCUCGGAUGCUGCAACUAUUUUGGGACAUUAUUCUGAGGGAACUGCUUUACGCAGGGUCAAAUGUUGAGGUAAAGGGAGGAGAACAGCAGAAAACCGUUUUUGACCGACUCCUGACCAUGUUACCCAUGUUGCGAACAUAUUUCCACAAUAAUGACGGAGGUCUGAGCGAAGAUGAGCUAAACACACCGGUCUAUUGGGAAGUCCAUGAUGUGAUGAAUAUGUACACUUUGGAGACGCCUGCAAUCAUCAGCCAUUUUUAUCGAGUCAGAGGGGACAGCCAGGUGUCAGACCCCAAGACAGCACCGUAUGGGAUAUUGACAGUUCGGGCGAGUUACUGGAAUGGAAAACUAACCGUGGAGGUAAUUGCUGCAUAUAAUUUGGUGGCGAUGGACGACGCUUUCCAGCUUUGGAACCUCUGCAUGAAAUCUCAGCCAAGCAACGAUCCCUAUGUGGAAGUAGAAAUACAGCCCGAGAGGAAGUUUAGCAAUAUAAGAACUUCGAGAACCAAAGUGCAACGGAAAACGGUAAAUCCGACAUUCAAUGAGAAAUUCCACUGGGAUGUUUCUCAAGAGGAGUCGGGACAGGAGGAUGCAGUUAUUCUGUUCACUGUGAAGGAUUACGAUUUUCUAAGUCACAACGAUUUCUUGGGAGAAGCUGUAGUUCCUUUUUCUAAAAUUCCAGGAAUAGCAGCUAAACCAAUUCCUCAGCCGAUGCAUCUAAAUUUGAGAGUUGUAGAGCCUAGUCAUACUCUCCACAUUUUCAAAUCUAGACACUGGGAUCCCGAGUCUCAGAGAUUUUAUGAAAGACAUGCAAAACGUGGUUCUGUAGAAUAGAUGAAUGAUAAUGAUAAUAGAAAUGUAUUAAUUAUGUGGUUAAAUAUGGCUAAAUGAAACAAGUGACAAUAAUAAAGGCCAAUGAGCACAGA